AUGAUACACCUGUCAAUGCGUCGACUGGCUAUUGUCGGGCUCCUCGCUCAGGCGUCGGCCAGCCCUCAAACUCCUCUGCCGGUAGCCGCUCCGCAGUAUGUUAACCAACCUGAGAGAGCGGCAGCCGUCAAAGAAGCCUUCCAGCGCUCUUGGGACGGAUAUCGCAAGUUCGCCUUCCCAAAUGACACACUUAAGCCGGUGUCCAACACGGCUGAGAACGACCGAAAUGGUUGGGGUGCCAGUGCUGUGGACGCCUUGAGUACUGCCAUCCUCAUGGAGAACAAGGACGUUGUAGGUCAGAUUCUAGAAUUCAUACCUACAAUCAACUUCAACGUGACGGACAGCGAGGUGUCUUUAUUUGAAACGACUAUCCGAUAUCUUGGCGGCAUGUUAGCAGGACAUGACUUACUCAAAGGACCCCUUAAAGACCUCGUCAGUGACCAGACCGGCGUAGACAGUCUUCUCGCACAGUCGAAGAAGCUUGCAGACAAUCUCAAAGUCGCGUUCGAUACGCCAACCGGCAUCCCCGAUAAUACGCUUAUCUACGAUCCCAAACCGCGCAAGCAAGGCUCUGACACAAACGGCAUUGCAACCAUAGGGACGUUGGUACUAGAGUGGACUCGUCUCAGCGACUUGACGGGGGACAAGCAAUACGCCGAUCUAUCACAGAAGGGCGAGAAUUUCCUUCUCAAGCCAAACGAGGAGGUCUUCCCCGGUCUGUUGGGUACGGACGUCUUCAUUUCAAAUGGUACAUUCGCAGAUCGGUCCGGUGGCUGGAACGGAGGCACCGACAGCUUCUACGAAUAUCUCAUCAAGAUGUGGGUGUACGACCAGAAUCGAUUUUCCCUUUACAAGGAUCGCUGGAUUGCUGCGGCCGAUUCAUCUAUCAAGUUCCUCGCGUCGAGCCCGACUACUCGACCUGAUCUCACCUUCCUGGCGGCGUACAACAAGGGUAAUCUCAGAUUCGUCAGCAGCCAUCUCGCCUGCUUCGAUGGUGGCAACUUUAUUCUUGGUGGUCUCGUUCUCAAGGAACAGAAAUACGUUGACUUUGGCAUCAAGCUGACCGAGGCCUGCCACGAGACGUACAAGCAGACGGUAACUGGAAUCGGACCAGAAAUAUUCCUCUGGCAAGAUGACAGGCCACCAGUCAACAAGACACUCAACCCCGACCCGCCCGCCAACCAGAUAGAGUUCUACCAAAAGGCAGGCUUCUGGAUAAGAGAUGACGGUGCGGGUUACGUUCUUAGACCCGAGGUCAUUGAGAGUCUCUACUACGCCUUCCGCGCCACUGGCAACAGCACGUUCCAGGACUGGGCCUGGGAUGCUUUCCUGGCCAUCAAUAAGACUUGCAGCGUAGGAAGCGGCUUCUCGUCCAUCACCAACGUCCAGGAUCCGAAGGGAGGGACGGCUGAAGACUUCCAGGAGAGUUUCUGGUUUGCCGAGGUUCUCAAGUACAGCUAUUUGAUCCAGGCAACGGACGCCAAGGUUCAAGUCGAAGUGGCAGACAACAAGUUCGUUUUCAACACUGAGGCGCAUCCGUUCCAGAUCGCCUAG